AUGCCCCCCGCGAGAACCCCAGCGCCAUCGAACGCCACGUUCCGCGAUAAGGAGAAGCCGCAGGAGGUGCGCAAGGCCAACGUGCUUGCUGCCCGCGCGGUCAGUGACGCGAUCCGCACGUCGCUUGGUCCCAAAGGCAUGGACAAGAUGAUCCGCACAAAGAACGGCGAGAUCAUAAUUUCGAAUGACGGCGCGACCAUUUUGAAGCACAUGGCAAUCUUGCACCCGGCCGCGCGGAUGCUCGUGGCCGUGAGUGCUGCGCAGGACGUCGAGGCGGGCGACGGCACGACCUCCGUGGCCAUCUUGACCGGCCUGCUUUUGGCGGCCGCAGAGCGGUUGCUCAACAAAGGAAUCCACCCGACGCUCAUUGGCGAGCUGUUCCAGCGGGCCGCGGCGCGUGUCUGCGAGGUGUUUUUGGAGAUGUCCCACCCGGUCUCGUUGGGUGACCGCGAGGUGUUGGUCAAGGCUGCGGCAACGUCGCUCUCGCUGAAGAUCGUGGCACAGUACUCGCUGGUCUUGGCGCCAUUGGCGGUGGACUCCGUGUUGAAGGUGAUGAACAGCGAACAAACAAACGUCGAUUUGAAUGACAUCCGCCUCGUCAAGAAGGUCGGCGGCACCAUCGACGACACCGCCUUGGUCGAUGGCGUGGUGCUCACGCAGACGGUGGCGAAGAACGCCGGCGGCCCGACGCGUGUGGAGAAGGCGCGCAUUGCACUUGUCCAGUUCCAGUUGUCGCCACCCAAGCCGGACAUGGAGAACAGCGUGGUGGUGAGUGACUACCGACAAAUGGACAAGAUCUUGAAGGAGGAGCGCGCGUACUUGUUGAACAUCUGCAAAAAGAUUAAGAAGGCACGGUGCAACGUGUUGUUGGUGCAAAAGUCAAUUUUGCGUGACGCAGUCAGCGACUUGGCCUUGCACUUCUUGGCCAAGUUAAACAUCAUGGUCAUCAAGGACGUGGAGCGCGACGAGGUCGAGUUCUUGACCAAGGCCACGGGCUGCAGGCCUAUCGCCGACAUCGACAACUUUGCCGAGGACCGCUUGGGCUCCGCUGACUUGGUGGAGGAGGCCGAGUCCGCAGGCUCCAAGAUUGUGCGCAUCACCGGCGUCAGCACGAAAAACACCCGCCCCACGGUGUCUGUGAUUGUGCGUGGGGCCAACCUGUUGGUCUUGGACGAGGCCGAGCGGUCCAUCCACGAUGCGCUCUGUGUCGUGCGCUGCCUCGUGAAGGAGAAGGCGUUGAUUGCCGGUGGCGGUGCGCCCGAGAUCGAGGCGUCGCGGGUGUUGGCAAAGGAGGCCACCCGGUUGAGCGGAGUGGAGCACUUUGUGUAUCAGGAAUUCGCGCAGGCGUUGGAGGUCAUCCCCACCACGUUGGCGGAGAACGCGGGCAUGAACCCCAUCAACGUGGUCACGGACUUGCGCAACAAGCACGAGAUGGGCGAGAAGAACGCCGGGAUCUCGGUGAGACGGUCUGGCACCACCAACACCUUCACUGAAAACGUCUUGCAGCCCACGUUGGUCAACACUAGCGCAGUGACGUUGGCCGCGGAGACGGUGAAGUCCAUUUUGCGGAUAGACGACAUUGCCUUCAGCCGGUGA